AACAAACAAUGUACUUAAUUUUGGCAACACUCAAGAAACACUUUUGAUUUGACUUUUGUAGACAGAAAAAAAAGCAGUCACCAAAUCAACUGCAACUAGGUUCUAUCUAUAUAUUGUAAUAUUUUUUUCUAUUUUACUAAAGUAAGCAGCAAUUAUAAUAAAGCGAUAUUGUGAACAAAUACUAAGUGACUAUUUUCCAGUUUAUUGCUGGGUGAGAAUAAUUCUAUAGUUAUAUGGUGGACUGUAAACAAAACAGAAAACGUCGAUAUACAGCGAUACAUAAAAAUAAAUGAAGAAUGAAUUAUUUGAAUGAUACAUUGAUGUAACAUGUCAGAUUUAUGUAAACAAUGAGCGCACCAAGUGGUUGUGUGAGCUGUCAGGAUGGAUCCCAAUCUGAUGCCAAACAUGAUGUUGAGUGCUCGGAAGGUGAAGAUGCUCAAAUUCGCUUGGCACCACAUGUGCAGGCUUAUUUAGCACACAACAACUCUACCACCAACUGUUGUGGGCUUAAAUUGCCAAUAGCCUUUGAAAGGGCUGCUCCUGGUACUUGGUGGAAUCCCAGGUUUGACUCGGAGAUACUUGAAGGCCAAUAUAGAAGUAGUUCCUUUAGACAAAUAAGAUUAAGAUUCAGAUUUGCACUUUUAUACAUUUUGAUAUUUUCUAUAUCAUGGUUUGUCUACUUUGUGGGCCUUGGCUUGAAUGGCGUAACAGUCAAAUGGCCAUUUUUAUGUUCCAUGUUUGGUGGAGUACUCUUGAUUACAUCUGUCAUGCUAUUUGUUACAUUUACAAAUAUCUAUAAAGUGUACACUUUCAAAUUGUCCCUGGUCAUGGCACUUGCUCUGUGUACACUCAGCCUCUCACUAGUGACACUGACCACCCAGCUUGAUUUAGAUGCCUCGCAGGCAGCAGAUAUCAGCCAGUCUGGUCACUUCACCAUGUGCAUUGAAAUUCUGCUGAUUAUAUAUACACUAACACCAUUGCCAUUGUUUGCCUGUGUUAUCAUCGGACUACUGUAUUCAAUAGUGUUUGAAGUUCUUAAUAUAUUCCUGCAUUUGACUGAGCAACAGUGGCAAGGCCCUGGAAUGUUUGUGAGAGUGUUACUUCAACUCUGUGUGCACAUUAUUGGUGUUCAUAUUUACCUUAUGACAUUUGUGAGAAUGCGGGGCACAUUCAUGAAGGUUGGCCAAAGUUUACUAGUGAGGAGGCAGCUGGAAAUGGAAAAGCAGUUAAAAGAGAAGAUGAUACAUUCAGUGAUGCCUCCUAAAAUUGCCAGUAGCCUAAUGGAGGAGCAGGUGUUGGAAUCUGUUAUAAACCUCCGACCGCAUGAUCCUCUUAGUCCCAGAAAGUCAAAUCCAGAUAUAAAAUCAUUGUUCCGACCUUUUACAAUGAAUUCAAUGGACAAUGUUAGUAUACUGUUUGCGGAUAUUGUGGGGUUUACAAAAAUGUCCAGUAACAAAGGUGCUGAAGAAUUAGUGAAUAUAUUAAAUGACUUAUUUGAGAAGUUUGAUGAGUUAUGUCAAAAUCAUGGAUGUGAAAAAAUUUCUACUUUAGGCGAUUGUUAUUACUGUGUGUCUGGUUGCCCUGAGCCCAGGCCAGACCAUGCAACUUGUUGUGUAGAAAUGGGACUAGGUAUGAUUGAUGCAAUUCAAGAUUUUGAUAGAGAACGAGAUGAGGGCAUCAACAUGAGAGUAGGAGUUCACACUGGAACUGUUCUUUGUGGGCUUGUCGGCACGCGUAGAUUUAAAUUCGAUGUGUGGAGCAAUGACGUUACUUUCGCUAAUAAAAUGGAGUCAACAGGGAAACCGGGCCGUGUUCACAUAUCUGAGGAGACCAGCAAAUUUCUUGGAGGCUCCUAUAUAUUAGAAGAGGGAGAAGAAGUUUUCGGUCAUAAAACCUACUUCAUCGAAGGCCGCCAGCUGUAUUCCCCUUACGAUUACGACCACUGCCUUACACCUUCUAAUCCUAUUAACCUGCGUCUCAUUAUAUCUCCCGCAGCGUCGCCCCAGUCUGUCCUUUCCUUCAAUAAUUCCCCCAUUCCAUUAUCGUCGAGAGAUCAAUCCAGAGAUGGGAAGGCCAGUCCGCGCACUGUAGAGUCCAGCAACUUUUUAUCUCCAAACCCUUUCAACUUCCGCGCUAAAGCUAGUUCCCUACCAAGUAUAUUGGACUCUGACGCAGAGUUAGAUGAGAAGAGAGAAAAGGGUUUUCCUGAGAGAACGGACGGGUCAUCGAAAAGCCCGACAUCUGUUGGGAGCUACGGCAAGUACACGAAUAAAUUAAGAAAUUGGAAAGUACCCAGAUUCUUGAGGAAACAUUCAGACACGCCCUUGCAUGAGAUUAAGAAAGAGUUGAACGACAAGGCGAUACAUCUAUUGGAACGCGGGGAUGAUGUGCUACAGUCCACCAAUGGCUACCAGCAAGUGCCUAUAGUGAUAGAAUCUCAGGACAAUAAAGCGAGGCCGGUGCAGAGUAACAGUAAACUCAACCUGCCACAGAAUAACGAAAUGGCGUCGUUUGAGAGAGAAAUUAUCGACAUUAGAUCAUAUUUGAGCCAGUCUAGAAGCAACAUGUCGCCCUUUGCUAGAAGCAGCAGUUACCGGUCGCAGUAUGGCAGACAAAAUAACAUAGAGGUGCCCGUAAUCCGAGCGCGAAGUUCAACCAUAACCACACAAGGCGAAGUCCUACGGCCUGGCGAUAGAAGGCUGAACCUCCCUUUGGCUGCGGCCGUGUCUCCGCGGCCACACGACGAUGCAGUCAGUUUGUGUCCAUCAGUCAACAGUCGUAAGGACUCUGGCAUUAGGAGCACUAGCAGAAGGUCCAGCAUACAACAACAGAUAUACGCACUUAACCAUGCCACGUUAGCAACGUCUCACGCUGACAUGAUGCAGCAUCGCGUAUCCGGCUACUACACUUCGAGCCAGUCCUCGCUUGAAGUCACGACGAGAUGUCGCUUACCGGCUCCACUCAAUGAGCAACAAGUGCAAUCACUGCAAAAGCUACGCAAACAAUCUGAUCUCCAGUUGAUCCGCUGCGUGCAAGACAACGCAAGGUCAGGAAUCAACUACUUCGUUCAACCACCCCUAAAUAGAUUUACACUCUUCUUUAAGUCGCCAGAAAUGGAAAAACAUUAUAGGGAUAAAGCGCAUAGAAGUGACGACUGCGAGGAUUUCCCCCCCACGCUGACGACCUCGAGGUACAAUACAGCGUUGGACAUUAUCGUAUCCUUCAUCAUAUUCUCGGCAGUCACCGCCUCUAUAUUUAUACUCUACAAAGAAUGGCGACAUUCGAUCGCUUCAUUAAUAUUUCUGAUUGUAAUAAAAAUUUUAGCCAUGUCACUAUGCAUUUACAGACAUAUUUUGAAAUGGAAGACGCAAAAUGACCCUAUACUCGUCACGGGCCCAAGGAGGAAGUCAGUCAAAAUAUUUAGGGCCUGUUCCGACUGGUUCCCUUGGCAUUUAUCAGGCAGCUUGUUGAUUAGUCUCCCAAUUAUAGCAAUUCUUAUAAAUUUCUCUUGCCAAAAUACGACCGGGGUCAUUCUCAAAGGCGAUCAGUCAUUUUAUGUGUACCUUUUGUGUAUUAGUAUAGUACAUUUUUGUAAUUUCACCCAGAUGUGUUGGCUCGUAAAGAAUACUUUGGUUACGGUUUAUGCCGCUUUGUUUUUAUUUCUUGCCGUGAUAGGCUGCCGUGAAGCAAAUACUCAAAUAACAGAUGGUGAUAUUAAUAUCCCCCAUAUGUUUGCUCACAAUGAUACUGAUUUUGUAAGCAAUACGACAAGAAUAUUGUCAGAUACGUUGGCCGAUAUAGGCAAUAGCACAAGCAGUUAUCACGGCAUCAAUCACAAAUUACAUUUGUCAGAGUUGUAUAUAGAUGUAGCAUUACUGUUGAUUUUGGUUUGGUUUCUCAAUAGAGAAUUUGAAAUAAGUUACCGAUUGAGUUUCUACAGUAAUGUAGUCGCGAAUAGAGAUAAGCAAAGAGUGCAGAAUAUGAGAAAUCAAGCCGAUUUAUUGCUUUAUAAUAUUAUACCUCAGCAUGUGGCUGAUCAGUUAAAAAAUACAGCAAAAUAUUCCGAGAAUCAUAAAGACGCUGGAAUCAUAUUUGCGAGUAUAGUAAAUUUUAAUGAAAUGUAUGACGAGUCUUAUAAGAAAGGGUAUGAGUACUUAAGGGUACUGAAUGAAUUGAUUGCUGAUUUUGAUGAGUUGCUGGAGAAGCCCGAGUUUCAGCACGUGGAGAAAAUAAAGACGAUAGGUAGCACUUUUAUGGCAGCGAGCGGGCUGAACCCCGACCUGAGGCACGCCUCCCGCGACACGUACGACCACCUCUAUCAACUGAUGGAUUUCGCUUUAGAAAUGCAGAAAGUUGUAGACAAUUUUAACCAAGAUCUUUUCAAUUUUGAUUUAAUACUUAGGAUCGGGUAUAAUUUUGGUGAUGUUACCGCGGGAGUUAUAGGAACAAGUAAAUUGUAUUACGAUAUUUGGGGUGACGCGGUUAACAUUGCGUCUAGAAUGGACUCGACCGGGGUGGUGAAGCGAAUCCAGGUGGGCGAGGCUUGCCUGCCCGUGCUCUCCGGUAGGUACGAGUUCGAGCCGCGCGGCAGUGUGUACGUGAAAGGUAAAGACGAUAUGAAUGUCUAUCUCGUGGUAGGCAAAAAAGAACACGUAGAUAGCUAAAACAUAUUGAACGUAGAAUCUGUGAUUAUAUUUUAUAUAAAACCUUUUGAUGUAAAAAUAUGCAACUUUUAUUUAUUGUGUGCAGUGACUAUAAAUUUUAUAAGUUUCACAAAUACUCCGAGUAUUUUAAGUUUAUUUAUAUUUAUUGUUUAAUUUAGAUUACGCUUAGGCAGUGUGGAUGUGAAUAUUAAAAAAAAUAUUUAUUGCGAACGUGCUAAAAUUUCCUUGCCUAUAUUUAUAAUUAAAAAAUCUGUGACCAGUGUUCUAGUCUAUAAAUGCGUGAUUAAAUUUUUAAUGAAAAGAUAAUUUGAUUAAGCAUGAAAAUACUAACAGGUAAUAAUUAUAUACAGUAAAUUAAUUUCUAAUAUACUUAAGAAUAUAGUUAGUUAUCUGUAAAGAAGUAGUGUGAAUUGUGUCGUCCCUUUUUUAUUUUUAUUUGGGAUACAUUUAAUAUGUAUAUCUUUGAUAAAUUAGGCAAAACUAUAUUUUGUAUAUAAAACCCGAUUGGGAUAGAAAAUUAUUUUGUAUUUAAGAUAAAAAACAUGUUAACGAAAUAAAUGGUUCUAAAACUUGUAGAUAGUAUUCGUAGAUACUUAUGUAGUGCAUUGUGUAGUCAAUUUGUCUAGUAGAAGGGAGUGGUUUGGCUUUCUUGCAAUGUCGUAGGUUGCAGCAUGAAACUUAUUUUGUAUUGGCAAAAUUAGAGAAAAAAAUGUUCACAAUUGUGGAGAAUAAUAAGGUGAUUGUGAUCUGUUUACAAGUCAAAGAUUUAUCCAGUCAUAUUUAUUUCUUAUCCAAAUGGGAGGCGUUACUAUAUCUUUGUCACUUCAGACGCUUUGUUCCUAAAUUUCGUCCACAUUUUUUCUAUUCAUGAUACAUUGAGUAGUGCAUGAUUAGUGCUAGCCAAAUAUAAUACAACAAAAAUGUUUACAAUUUAAGCUUAUACAUAGGAGCAUUAUGUCCAAACUUUAUAUUCUAAAUAUACGAUAGAUAUGAAAUUAAAUAUUAUUGUUGCACGGUUACAAUAGAGCUCUCGCAGCUGCGGUAUUAUAUUGAAAAACUGUUUAUAUUGACUUGAGGCUCGAGACUAAAUAAAAUACAUUUUAACAAAUACCUGUGGCUUAUAAAUCCUGGUCAAAACAAAAACUUAAAGGAACCCAUUUAUCAAUAAUUGAAGAGCAGAAGACCAAAUAAUACGGAUAAUAAAGCCGGUACUAUCGCGUUAACUGGUGUUAGAGCUGGUAAGAUCUUCUCGCUUGCUAAUGUGAUGUGGUUUUACUACGUUCUUUUUUGUCUAUAAAAAUGGUAGUUGGCAUACAUUGUAAUAAUUGAGGUAAACACAAUUGUUAACAAUGAAACACUGUCGAUUUUGUCGACCGUUGAUUUCGUAAACAUCUUGUUUCACGCAAAAGUAAUCUAAAUAGAGUUGUUUUAAGUAAAUGAAGAUAAAGUGAAGUUUUUCAAUGCCGCGUCUGUCCCGGCGUUUGCUCUAUGUGACCGGUGCCGUCCCUGUGGAAUAUUGACUUAGUGAUUCUCCAGACUUAUGAUGAAAGCCUUAAUUACUAUACAUUCCACUUGUGUUUAAAACUUUGCCUUCAAAAUGUCUAUUUUCUAUUUACAUAUGGGGAAAAACAUCGAUAUGAAUUUGUAUCGAUUGAUGGACCAAAACCUGGCAUGUGAAUUAUACAUAUACAUAUGUAUCAAAAUAGCUCUCUGUAAAGAAGUGAAAGUUUUUCUUAUUGUCUGUGAGCAUAUACUUAUCUAAAAUUAAUAUUGUGAUAAUUACUAAAAACGAUUAUAAUUUCAUUUUUCCAAUCUUGUAAUAGGUAAAAUUUAUUGGUAUCUAUUUGAGAAGAAAAUAAAUAUUUACGAACAUAGAAAUGUAGCCGUGAAUAUAGCUUCACAUACCUACCUACAUUUUUUACUUACCUAAAAUAAUUCCUGCAAUUUAGACCCUUCAAUCUUAUUUAUCAAAUGUAAACGAGAAAGUGAUAUCGUUGAUUUAUUUUGGAUUUCAAUGUGUUAUUUCGUUACCAUUGCGCACAUCAUGGUUCUAUUGAACAUACGAGUAAGUUUGAUACAGAAAACAAUUAUUUACAACCUUCAAACUAUUUUUUUAAAUUUCCCGUUAAUCUUAAUUUGCCUGUUAUUGGUGAGAUUUUAUAUAAAUUAUCGAUUUUGUCACUAAAUUUAAAACGUUUCUGGAUUUAUAUUCAGUUGCAAUAACAAUUCGACAGCUGUGGAUAUCAGGCAUUAAUGAAUCUCUUGUUGUCACGAGGUCUUAGUAUUAAGAGAAUUUAUUGUUGUUAAUGUUUAUUUAAUUGUUUUGUUUUAAUUUAAGUGUAUCGAAUAAUGUAUUUUUACCUAAAUACAUAUGAAAUAUUUCUUUUGCAGUUCCAAAACUAGUUUUGUGACACUAAUGUGCUUUAUAUUUUCUUGUAGUUUAAAAUAUUUACCUGGAUAAAAAAAAAAACAUAUAAAUUUACUAAAUAAAAUUUACCAGCCCACCUCGUUUCUUCAUAAUGGUAUUUAUUAAGUCCCAUAAAUUUAAAUUCGUCAAAUUAUAACGAACUUUGAAAAAUCUACCAAUAUUUAUGUAAAUGAUAAGUGAAUUUUCUAUCAUACUUGGAAAGCGUUAUGAGCUACUUCGAUCUUAAAUAGAUAGGUACAUAUGUUCGUAUAUAGUUCUGUAGUUUAGACUGAAUAAAUAGUACGAGCUUGAGAGAAACGAAUUUCUUGCCUUCGUAUUCUGAUUGUAAUAAGAUAAUGACGUGUGAUUUUGUUUGGAUUCAGUUUUAAAUAAUAUGAUAAUGCUGACAGUUGACAGAGUCAAAUAUUUAAAACUGUAUUUAUCACAGAAUUCAUCAAAAUCAUGGUUUCAUUCAAACCAAAAUUAUUACGAUAAUCUCUUACUAAAUAUGUGUUUUUUAUGUAUAUCAAUGACCACUUUGUAAAUAAUUUAUGCUAUGAAAUGUUAACCGAGGCUGCCAUCUUAUGUACCUAUUCAGUGUUUGUGUGUUAUAAUUGUUCAGUAUGCCCUGCUCAAAUGAUGUCUCUUGCUUUCAUUUUUGACCAUUUGAACGAUUUGAAAUAAAAGAAACACAACUUACUUGA